AUGCUAUCAAGGACAGCUCCUAUUCUCCGUUCAAUCUCUAAACGUACUUUUACCACAUCAGCUAUCAACAUGGGUGUUACUGUCGAGCGAAUCGCGCCUGGUGACGGCAAGAACUUCCCCAAGAAGGGAGACACCGUCUCUAUGCACUACGUCGGUACUUUGCAGUCCAACGGAAACAAGUUCGACUCUAGCCGAGACCGAGGUCAGGCUUUCGUCACCCCUAUCGGUGUCGGCAGGGUCAUCAAGGGUUGGGACGAGGGUGUCCCCCAGUUGAGCUUGGGAGAGAAGGCCAAGCUCAUCUGCACCCCCGACUACGCUUACGGUGACCGAGGAUUCCCCCCUGUCAUCCCCCCUAGCUCUACCCUCGUCUUCGAGGUCGAGCUCUUGAAGAGUCAGUCGAGUGAUGACGAUGCUAGAUGCCGGCAGGCGUAUUUGUUUACUGAUCAGGGUUUCGGUGCUGUGUGA